GCGGGCAGUGCGCGGCGGCGGCGGGGAUGGGCUGCGCGGCGCUGGCGCUGCUGCUUCUGCUGUUGGCGGCGGGGCCGUGCGCGGCGCAGUACGAGCAAUACAGCGUGCGCGGAUUCCCCGCGGCCGCGCUGGAGCCGCUGCAGCGCGCUUAUGCGCGAGCGCUGGCGCAGUACGCGGGCGCGCAGUGGGCGGAGAGCGCGCGGGCGCUGGAGGCCAGUCUGCGGCUGCACCGCCUGCUGCGCGACAGCGAGGCGCACUGCCACCGCCGCUGCGCCGAAGGGGGAUCCGCGGAGGAGCCCCCCGCGGAAGGGGACCGCGCGGAGUGGGAGUGGGAGCGGGAGCUGCAGCUCUUCGGGCGGCUGCUGCGCCGCGCGGGCUGUUUGCGUGCCUGUAAGCGCGGCCUGCCCGUCUUCCAGCUGCGCUACCCCCCCGCGCAGACGCUGCGCGAUUUCCAGCGCCGCCUGCCCUACCAGUACCUGCACUACGCGCUCUUCAAGUCCAAUAAGAUCGAGAAGGCGGUGUCCGCUGCUCACACCUUCCUGCAGAAGAACCCCAAGCACGAGAUGACCCUGAAGUACCUGAACUACUACAGGACGAUGGUGGAUGUGGACGAAUACCUCGUGGACCUGGAGGCUCAGCCCUAUGAGCCAAUCUUUGUGCGCUCGGUGAAGCUGUACAACAACGGGGAUUUCCGGAGCAGCGCGGCUGACAUGGAGCAGGCUCUGGCUGAGUACUACAAGGCGUAUGAGGACUGCCUGGCUGGCUGCGAGGGCGCCUAUGAGCUGCAGGAGUUCAAGGACUUCUACCCGGCCAUCGCAGACCACUUUGUGAGCGUGCUGCGCUGCAAGGUGGGCUGCGAGAGCGAGCUCACCCCCAACGUGGGCGGCUACUUUGUGGAGAAGUUCGUGGCCACCAUGUACCACUACCUGCAGUUCGCCUACUACAAGUUGAAUGACGUGCGGGAUGCGGUGCGCAGCGUCUCCAGCUACAUGCUCUUCGACCCGGAUGACGCGGUGAUGCAGCAGAACUUGGUGUACUAUCGCUUCCACCGUGAGCGCUGGCACCUGCAGGAGGAGGACUUCGAGCCCCGGCCGGAAGCCGUGCGCUACUACAACCGGACGGCUGCGCAGAAGAAGAUGCUGGAGUUCGCCAGGCAGUACCUGCAGGCUGAUGAUGAGAUGGAGGUGGAUGAUGGUGAGGAGCCGGACCUGCGGGAUCUGCCCUCAGACGGCGAGUUUGAGGGCGAAGGGGACUACGAGGAGGGCUUCUUCGCAGAGUGGUGGCAGGAACCCAACACCAAGGGGGACAAAGCCGACGAAGAGACGCUCUGAUGUGCGAAGAGAAGGGGACCCUGGCCCUGACAGAGUGGAAUGGUGGUGGCCCAGUGAUGCCAUCCUGGGGACUCCAGGCUCCAGGCUCUUGCUCUGUGCUGCACGGGAAUGUGGGUUCAGUGGGAAGGGCUGAUCCUAUCCAGUGCUCCCAGCAGGACUGCCCCUUCUACAGGGACACUGCUGCCCUAAUUCCCAUCAGAGGAGCAGCCACACCACCGUGCCAUCACCUGUCUGGUGCCCCCUGAGCCCCCCCAGCCCCGAUGUCCCUGGGAGCCCUGUGGCAGCAGCGCCCCGUAGCAGCACUGGGGUUUGCUGUGCCCCUUCGCUCCUCCCCAGCAGCCACCUUCCAGGGGGCCGACACCAAACCCCUGUGCUGCCAUAUGGGUUCUGGGCACGGUGGUGGUUCUGCACAUCCUCAGAGCUCACUCGGGGUUCCUGCUCUGGUGCUGGCAGCAGCCCACCCCCACCGGCAGCUCCCAGAGCCUUCCGACCCCAAAGCCCACGGCCCGGCGCUGAGCGGUGCUCCCGGUGCACGGCAUCCCUGUGCCGGUGCGUCCUGUCACUGCCUCUGCCCCACAUGUGCCUUCAACUCUCUCCACACCAGCCCUCCGUAGUUUUAAGCUCCAUUAAUUUAAUACUUCCUGUCUUGUCGCUUUUGUUUGUUUGUUUUGUAUUUUAAAUAUACUGGUGCUGAAUUUUUAAUAAAAUCCGGACCGGUCUUUUCA